GUCAAACAUUCCCCCAAAAAAGCAAUCAUCAUUAGCAGUAGUGCGCGUAGUGAGUAAACAGCGUAAAAUGUAAAACGCAACAUAAACAACUACUCUCCCCUAAUUUAAUUUAAUUCAGUCGUGUUCGCUGAGUUCCGUCGAGCGGGCGCGUUAUCUUGUUAGUCGAACGUCGUCAUGCCGCGUCUGAUCUUCCCAACGUCGAAGUCGGCCGCGGCGAAGAAGAACCACUGUUCUUCGCAAUGAUUCACCCAACGGCGGCUUCCAAACAAUCCCCGAGUGCCAAAAAUCCCAGCGACGGUCAUGACGACACGCGUUCGACGCCGCGGCUAAUUAAUUCCGGGCGGAACAAGUGAAGCACGACGCACAUUUACAUAACGCACUUGCAACAGCGGCCAAAAACGCCAUACCGUAUUCGUUAGUUUUUAAGACACUCAACGAUUACCUGAACGGGUAGAAUAUGUUGUCUCCUGGGGUGCGUAUUGUUAGAGGUCCGGAUUGGAGUUGGGCCAAUCAAGAUGGUGGUGAAGGAAAUGUGGGCACAGUAUGUGAGAUUGGCAAGUCCGGAGCGCCCGCACGAACCUCUCCAGAUAAGACAGUGGUGGUUCAAUGGGACAAUGGAUCGCGGACGAACUACCGAGUGGGAUACCUUGGCAUGUAUGAUCUGCGUGUGAUUGACAACGCACAAAUCGGCGUCAAGCACCCGAAUAUCGUCUGUGAUGGUUGCAAGAGUCAAGGCAUCUCGGGCAUCAGAUACAAAUGUGCCACUUGCUUUGACUACGACUUGUGUUAUGUUUGUUACCAUAAUGAUAAACAUGACAUAAAUCAUCCUUUUAAAAGAUUUGACUUAGCUUCUUCUUUAGGAGUUGAUUUAAGUCUUCGUACACACGCACGCAAGGUUGAAAUCAAAGGCAUCUUUGCUGGUGCAAAGGUAGUAAGAGGUUACAACUGGGAAUGGGGUGAUCAAGAUGGCGGCGAUGGUAAACCCGGGAAAGUUCUGGAUAUUCGCGGCUGGGACAACGAAUCAUGCCGAUCAGUCGCGAAUGUCGCAUGGUUUUCAGGCUCAACGAAUGUGUACCGUCUCGGGCACAAAGGUAACUGCGAUAUUAAAUGUGUGGAAGCCGCCAGUGGUGGCUUCUACUACCCGGAGCAUCUUCCUGUCCUGGGUCAAAACAUCGAAACGGCUGUGGCGCUACCAAGUCGCCAGGGCCCGCCUCCAUUCAGCGUCGGCGAUAAAGUACAAGUCAUCGUAAGCGUUGAACAGUUGAAAUUCAUGCAGCAGGGCCAUGGCGGUUGGAAUCCCAAAAUGGCGGAAUCCAUCGGUAAGGUAGGAACCGUUCACAGAGUCACUGAUAAAGGCGAUAUUCGAGUCCAGUAUGAAGGUUUGAAUCGUUGGACUUACAAUCCGGCUAGUCUUGCGAAAGUCAACAGUUUCGCAAUCGGUGAUAUUGUAUCCGUCAUAAACGACGCUGGUAAAGUAAAAGAAUUACAGCGAGGUCACGGGGAGUGGAUUGACGUGAUGCGCAAUGCACUUGGUAAACUUGGUAAAAUCAUCAAAGUCUACUCGGACGGUGACCUUCGAGUUCAGAUAAACGGACAGGCAUGGACCUUAAAUCCGCAGUGUGUGAGAGUUGUACCAGGGAGCGCUGCUGAACUAGAUAAUUCAAUGGACGCUUCGCAGAAUCAACGCAGAGAGCCAUCUAUGUUAUGGCCGCCUGCAAGUACAAACUCAUGUACUUCAGGUAACGGCAGCGGAGUUGAAGAGCAGUUGGUUAAGGCCGCCGCGCAGGGUCAAAUUGAUACUGUGCGGCGGAUUUUGGAAGAGUCCAGGUUAACACGCUCACCAAACAUUGUCACUGCAGUGGAUUUACGAAAUGGUGGCAAAACAGCUCUGCAGGUUGCCUCUCAUCAAGGUCAUGUAGCUAUUGUGAGUCUGUUAAUUCAAGCUGGCGCAGAUGUUAACGUUAGAGAUAACGAUGGCGAUACUUGUUUGCAUUACGCUGCAUUCGGCAACCAACCAGAGAUCCUGGAUAUUUUAAUUAAAGCAGGCGCUAAUCUGGAUGUGGCGAAUAAGGGUGGUUGUACUGCGUUGCAUAUAGCCGCGCAUAAGCAUCCAGCGCGAGCGAUUCAAAUCUUAUUAGCAGCAGGCGCCGAUCCCAACUGUACUGAUUGUUAUGGGGAUACCGCGCUGCACGACGCCAUUGGUAAGGAUAGCAAACAAGUCAUUGAGCUGCUAUGCGCUGCCGCCGGCACAGACUUUACGCUUAGGAAUAAGCGUGGAUUUAAUGUGUUACAUCAUGCGGCGCUCAAGGGUAAAGCAUUCGCGACGAGUAAAUUGUUAUCGCAAGCGCGGCAACUUGUCGAUGUGAAGAAAGACGAUGGGUUUUCGGCGCUGCACUUGGCAGCGUUGAAUGGCCACGUGGAGGUGGUGGAGAUUCUAGUCAGGCAGGGACAGGCCGAUAUUGAUUUGCGUAAUAAUCGCAAUCAGUCUGCGCUGUUACUCGCUGUGAGUCAAGGACACUAUGGAGUAAUUGAGUUGCUUGUGAGGCUUAAGGCGAAUAUCAACGCGAAAGAUGAAGAUGGCGACACUGCGCUUCAUAUUGUCCUUAUAAAAAGAUCGCAAAUUACUUCGGGAGUGAGGGGUGAUGAUGCUCCUGCUAUUCAUUCUAUUUAUCAGAAUAUUCAGGUGGCUGAACAUAGAGCCGCCAUUGCCAUAGCAUGCUAUUUGAUUCAGCAAGGUAUUGAUAUGGAUGCUUUGAACGCGAAGAGUCAGGCUGCGUUGGGAUUGUUGCAGGAUAGCAAUAUGCAAGAGUUGUUGAAGAGUUAUAAACCUAUUGUGGAUAGUAAUCAGAUGCAGAAUAGUAUUGGCGAUGUUACCACUUCAUCACAGAAUGAGCGCGCGAUUGACGGUUAUAAUUUAACCGAAAACGCUCGGAAUAGUCCGAUUGUUACCAGAAUUGAGGAACCUAAAAAUUCACGGCGAAGUCGAAAGACUGACGAUAAAAACAUCGAACUGGGCAAUUCCUCCCAGGAAAACUCUCCGAAUCACAAAAAUCAUCACUACCAAAACGAAAUUGUCAGCGUGAGUAGUAAACCCGUCGAAUGCUUAGUCUGUUCGGAGUUGUCCGAAGAGAACGUCCGAUUGGAGCCGUGCAAUCACAAACCCGCCUGUGAGGAUUGCUCCUCGCGCAUGAAGAAGUGUCUUAAGUGCAGCGCGCCUGUCCAGAAGCGCAUCACCAAAGAUGGCCGCGUGAUUCCAGCGAAAAGUAGGCAACCAAGUGCUGAAAGAAUGAGAUAUCUGGAAUGUAAAAUAGCUGAAAUCGAAGAAAGUCACGCGUGCAGUAUAUGCAUGGAGAGGAAGCGCAAUGUUGUGUUCCUCUGCGGGCAUGGCACAUGCUCGAAAUGCGCCGACACCCUGAAGAUCUGCCAUAUGUGCAGGAAGACUAUUACCAAAAAGAUACCGAUCUACUAGAAUCUAACAAAUCUAGAUCCUAGGCGUAGUUGGCUAGCAUCUAGGUUAGACUUCCUUUUAGUUGUUAGUCCUACCCUUUCUUAAGCAGCCGAAAUAACUUAAUUAAGUAUUUAUAUGCGCAUUGUACGCGAUAUCUAUGAGGAAACAGAAAAAGACGAAUCAAACUUAUAUACAUACAUAAUUCUAUUUACAAAACAAACUAAAAGAAUGUUUAGAUUAUAUUUGCUAAGGUUUGCUACGAUGAUGGAAGGUGAAGAUCUUUCGAAACACUGCCUCAAGGAUUGUUCUGUCCAGUAUUUGAACUUUUCUACUUAUUUAAUGUUUACGCUAUACGCCAGUGCUAUCAAACCGUCGAUAUUUAUUUUCCUUUGCUGCUCGGCACAAAAUGACUAUUUUUACUAUGAUUAUGAAUUUUAUUUAUUUCUGUUUCUGUGAUUUAUUGUAUGGACUGUUGUCUUCUCACCCAAGUUUGGAACGCACACGUAUCCAGGUCGAAAUAUCAUUAAGUUUUUGAACAUAUUGUAUAAAAGUUAGGGGUAGAUCGAUAGAGAGUUUAGAAUGAUGUCUUCGAAAUUAAAUCAAACAUCUUGAUCAAACGCAGGUGUUAAGUAAAGUAUUACUGCAAGAGAGUUGUACUCCAAAUAUGAAUAUUUCUGGAAUCUUGUGAAUGAAGUUGAGCUAAUCUAAUCGAAAAUGCGUUUUGGUGAGUUACUUGAUGUUUCAUUGAUUUUCUGCAGGUAACGAACAAAGCAUGAAGGAGAAAUGAUGAUUAGAGAGCAAAUAUGUUUCUGAUUUGUAUAAAAAAUAAAUUAAAGUGAUGAAAAACUCUAAAA